UUCACUGCCAGCAGAGCACCUAGAUUGCUCCUGGAGCGUAGAGACAAAAGUCUCUGCUGUCCAAAUUACAGUAACCAGAAAAAAAGACAACAUGAUUUUAUGAACAUGGGCAAAGAAGUACAGCCUAGGCCCAAGGCGAACGUCUCUUCUUACAUCCACUUUUUGUUGAAUUACAGAAACAAAUGCAAGGAGCAGCAGCCAAAUACCUACCUUGGCUUUAAAGAAUUCUCUAGAAAGUGUUCUGAAAAAUGGAGAGCCAUCUCAAAGCACGAAAAGGCUAAGUAUGAAGCCCUGGCGAAGCUCGACAAAGCCCGGUACCAGGAAGAAAUGAUGAAUUACGUGGGAAAGAGGAGGAAGAGGAGAAAGCGGGACCCCCAGGCUCCCAGACGUCCUCCGUCAUCCUUCCUGCUGUUCUGCCAAGACCACUAUGCCCGGCUGAAGAGAGAGAACCCCACCUGGUCUGUGGUGCAGGUGGCGAAGGCCACGGGGAAGAUGUGGUCUGCAACUACAGAGGCAGAAAAGCAGCCGUACGAGCAGAGAGCAGCUCAUCUGAGAGCCAAGUACUUUGAGGAGCUGGAGGCCUACCGGAAGCAAUGCCGAGCCAGGAAGAACCUCCGGAGAUUGGCUAGAGGCCAGCGCAGAGGGAGAACCCGGGUCAGACAACGCUGAGGGGUCCAGUUUGGAGAAAUAAAGGG